CUCUGAUCCGAGGACGAGCCAGUCAGACCAGCGCGAGACGGAGGCCUCUCCAGACGUGACACGCGCACCGUGCCCGAGCAGAGCGGACGUGACCCGACAUGGGGACGCGCAGCCCCGCAGCAGCUCUCCUGACGGCGUUCUUCCUCUGCACACACUCGGCCUCAGGCUCCUAUCCCCAAGCACAGAAUGUCACUUGGAAAUCCACCAAUUUUAAAACAAUUUUGACCUGGGAGCCCAAACCAUCAGCUGAUUACUCCUACACAGUGGAGUACUCUGCGGUUGGUGCUGACAAACAGAGGAACCGUCACUGUAUCCGGUCCUCAGUGACAGUAUGUGAUCUGUCCAGCUCUCUGACUGACCUGCAUGCCUACUACACAGCUGAUGUCCUGUCUGAACCCCCUCUGGGGGCCACCUCGGAUCUCAUCGAGUUCCCUCACACCAGCUCGCCACGAUUCUGCCCCUAUAAAGACACUAAUAUAGGAAGACCGGACUUCAAGCUGAAGGUAAGUGAAGACAAAAAGAAGACCACCCUGUAUGUGGAUGAUCCACUCACUGCCCGGUUUAAAGAUGGCCGCCAGCUGAACAUCAGGGAUAUCUUCUCCCAUCAACUGCAGUAUAAAGUCACCUAUCGGAAAAAUAAGAGCACCGGCAAAAAAAUCUACGAGUCAAAGACCAACGUGAUAGAGCUGACGGAUCUGGACCGAGGGGAGAGCUACUGCUUCAACGUCCAGGCCUAUGUUCCUAGCCGCAGCACCGACAUGCAGCUGGGAGAGCUGAGCCAGACCCAGUGCUCCAACAACGACGACCAGUCCAUCUUUGAAGUGUAUUCAGUGGGUGUGAUUGCUGCUGCCAUCUUCCUCAUCCUGCUGCUGAUAGGCCUCAUCAUCGCCAUCACAGUGGUCUGCUGCAAGCGCAGGAAGAAAGCUCUGAAAAGUGGAAAAGAAGGAGUGCCUCUCCGGGAUGUAUAAACACACACACACACACACACACACACACACACACACACAUUACAUUGCAUAUUAUCUAGCUGACGCUUUUAUCCAAAGCCACUUACAAUAAGUGCAUUAAACCAUGAGUACAACUCAGAACAACACUGGGGCCAACACUGAGUUGUUGAAGGUAAUAGUCAGGUCGUGGGUGGGAGAGCCUUUUUGUGACAUACACACUCACACACACACACACACACACACACACACACUGUGUGCGGUACAGCUUAAUUGAUUCAGUCCAACUGUCAAACACUGGAAUCAAGCCUUCCUUUAGUUUCUGUGAAACUGCCUUUGAAUAUGAUAUGUAUUUAUAUGUAUAUUUAAUCAUGUUAUCAUUCCAUGCUGUAGAAAAAGACACUGUACACACUCUACUCUAAGCUACACACUAGUCAAACUGCUGAGAUUGUAAUAUUCCAUUUAUUUCUUUUAUAUUUGGUGAGUGGUACCUCUGAUGACUGUAUUGGAACAUAAAGACUACCAACAGAUUUUAUUUAUUUCAUUCAAUAUCACAUUGGAUCUUUGGGAGACGAGUGAAAUCAAGACCUAGUAUAUAUUAUUUUUGUAUCUGAUGCUUAAUUUAUUGUGUUUAUUUGAAAUUAACAUAUUUGUAUAUGAUGCAAUUUUUAGCUCUUUUAUAUUUCAGGUUGUUGCAGAUCGUUUUAUCAUUUAUAAAAGGUAACACAUGUUUUACAGAACACAAGCAAGUUGUACAUGUCCAAAAUAUAUUUCUCUAUUUCACUAUCAAUACUAUUAAAUGUUGUUCAAGUCAAACUGAUGUUAAGAAAUCAUAUAUUCUUAUCAUACUUUUGUUGUUGUUGUUGUUCAUCAUUGCAACCUCUAAAAACAGCACUCGAGCAGGGCUGAUGGUAUUAUUUACAGAUCAAUAUUACCAAAUAUCUGUUCUUUAAAAUGACUUGAUUUGAAAUGUUCAUUGUAUAGUUUUCAUUUGUGAAACAAUUGCCGUAAACAAUAUUUUCAUUGAAUGCAGUUAGAGCUACACUGUAUAACAAACGAUUUAAGGUGAUUAAUAUACUGGAAACAAAUCUAAGAUGUCAAUAAAAUGUAGCAGAAUGAAACACAGACAUCUGUGUAUAGUUUCUCAUUAGGGAACCUCGGAGAACCCUAAGCUUCAGGAACCGUUCUCUAGAGCCGCUGGUCAGUGUGUCCGGAGGCUGCUGGUGCAACAUGGUGGAAAAAGUGAUGAUAAACUAAUUCAAACAUAGUUAUGAAUAUUAUAUUGCAUUGCUGCCAGCAAAGUCCCCUAAACGUUACACACUGUUCCUCUAGUGAAGCCGUAGUUCCCUGGAUGCUCCAUCAGAAGGAACCACUCUGAAGGUCAAACAGUUGGAGUAUACGGAGAAGAUCUUUAUUGUAGGACCAACACAUUUGGGCUUGUGGUCUUCAUCAAGCUCAUCAUAAAACAUAUUACAAAUAACAUUUGAACAGAGAAGGUAUAGAGCAGAACAUUUCUUUAUAUAAUAUAAAAGGCCAAUUAUAUACAGUAUAUCCGCACAAAUGUGAGCACCCAGCGAUGGGCUGGGCUGUAUGUCAGGUGGCACCUGUCAAUCACAUUCCCAAAGUGGCAGAGGCGAGGGCCUCAUUAAGACCUACAUGGAUGACACCAUUUGUGCAUUCCAUACUAUUCAGUGACAUUUAGUCUUUGAAUCUUAAAGUUUGGCUGAAAUAAUAUAUGAUAUGCAUAUAGUGCUUAAUUACAGCAUAAUAGAAUUCACCACAAUACAACACACAGGCGUUCUUAAUAUGUACAGUAAAUAACCUGGAAUGAGUAAUACAUUGAAAUGUAACUGUUAAGGGUAUACUGUAUGAGUAUGAAGACAAUUAGUAAGUACAUGUCUAUCCACCUGCUGUAUACAGAAUGUGUGAAUAAAAGAAGCUUAGACAAC